AUGGAUGAAAGACUGGCAAACAGCAGCUACGCUGCAAUAUCCAUCCCGGAACGUCGUUGGGAGCUUCCAGGACCGCAUGGUUCUAGAGGCGGAUACGACUUCGACAUUUACCCUUGCGAUGAGAUCUGUAUGGGUAGCUAUGGCGACAGAAACAAAUUGCUGAUGGACGUGGAGCGCGUGGACGGGUACCAAGUGCAUUGGAUACGGGUGCCAUCGCAGGAUUCAUCGAAUACCUUAACACCACCGACCACUGACAUUCGACUGGUGCAUUUUCGGUUGAUCGAACUCCUCAAGCCUAAAGGAUACACCGAUUGCAGAGAGAGCUUCGUGGGCCCCCAAGUUAACUCCACUUUUGCCGCAUUCCUGAGGCAGAGGUGCCCAAGCAUCUUGCCGAAACUGCCAAACUACACGGAGCCUCCACCUUUUUGGCGCCGCCGGCGAGCACCGCGCGUGCUCCUGGGCCCGUGGUGA